AUGCUACCCACUUGGAGAAUAAAUCUCGUGUUCGUCGCCCUAGCAGCCUGCAGUCUUACCGCAGCGCGGACCUUUACGGUCCACAACGCUUGCCCGUUUACGAUAUGGCCAGCUGUGUAUACAGAUCUCAAAGUAGGCUCAGCUGUGCCAAACAUCUCGACUGGAUGGGAGGCUCCGCCUUACACCAAUAGGACAUUUUGGGUGCCAGACAACUGGCGAGCUGGUCGCAUCUGGGGUCGUCGAGACUGCAAUUUUACACAACCAGACGUCACGUCUUGUCUCACUGGCUCAUGCAUUGGUGGUCUAUUGUGUGAUGCAGCAAAUGGAUCCGGCAUCCCUCCUGCAUCUGUUGCAGAAUGGACACUCGAGGGUGUUAAUGGGACCGACCACUACGAUGUGAGCUUGGUGGACGGCUACAAUCUUCCAAUGACUAUUACAAACGACAAAGGAUGUCCAAUCGCCGAUUGUCCAGUCGAUUUGGGUCCAGAUUGUCCAGCUCCCCUCAAGGGCCCAUUUGACAGUACUGGAUACCCUGUCGGAUGCAAAACUGCCUGUUUCGCCAAUCUCGACGGGAACCAAGCAAACUCCCCGAAUUGCUGCAGCGGACAGUUUGACACACCCGCGACAUGCCCAUCUAGUUCAGUCCAGUAUUACGACUUCUUUCAUAGUCGAUGCCCCAACGCGUAUGCUUAUGCUUACGACGAUUUGGCGGCCUUGAAGAUUUGCCCCGGCCGACUUGCUGCAUCGUAUACCCUCACAUUCUGUCCAUAG